AUGGGCCUCCUCUCCUGUAUAGGCCUCCGUCGCCGGAAUCAAUGGGAGCCCAUGACUCUCCUCGACAAUCUCAUCUCAUCACCUUUAACAUAUCUCGCUUUCCUCUUCUACCACGCUGUACUCCUCCUCCGCGGUCGGCCCUUUCACCCACCGCGUGACAAGCCCGCCAUUCGCGUCGUCUGCAUCUCCGACACACACGAUCUCAAAGUCGACAUUCCCAACGGUGACAUUCUCAUUCAUGCAGGAGACCUUACAGAUUCCGGCACCGUAGCAGAUAUCCAGAAACAGCUCGACUGGCUUCGUGAACAGCCCCAUCCUGUCAAGGUCGUCGUUGCAGGUAACCACGACAGUUGGUUUGACACCAAAAGUCGCCAUGAGGAAGAUGCACGCUCAGGUGCUAAGCCCAACAUGGAGGGCCUUCAUUACCUUGAGAGCGGCUUGACUGUGCAAAAGAUAAAGGGUCGAACCGUCAAUAUCUUUGGUGUUCCGGAUAUUCCAAACAUUGGUCCCAAGGAGUUUGCCUUCCAAUAUACUCAAGAUAAACAGCCUUGGUUGAGCAAGGUACCUCCGCAAACUGAUAUUCUUAUCACACAUUGCCCUCCGAAAUAUCAUCUUGAUCUUGGUCUUGGGGACAGUAAUCUCCUCCGUGAAGUUUGGCGCGUAAAGCCCCGUCUCCACGUCUUCGGCCACGUCCACUUUGGCUACGGUAAAGAAUCAGCCUUUUUCGAUACCUUCCAGGAGACCUACGAACGUAUCAUGUCACGGCCUCGUCGCGGUCUGAUCCGAGACUUCAUCCCUAACGAGAUGUGGUUGGAGUAUCUGCGUCUUGUAGCCCAAGGCCUUCAUAGCGUGGCCUGGAAGUGGCUGAUGUCAGGCCCUGGAAGCAAUAAAGGUAGUCUCAUGGUAAAUGCGGCGCAGAUGAAAGGCAACUCGGGCAAGGUCAAGAGCAGGGCGGUUGUUGUUGAAAUUUGA